GCGGAAUUUGAUCUCUCUCAAACCAGAUGAUCUCCUGCUGCUUUCAUAGAAAUGUUCAGAAAGACUCUAUCUUCAAUCCAACGAAGACACUUCUCUUCGUCUUCUCCUGAAACUCCAUCCCUCUACUCUUUCCUCAAGCCUUCUCUCUUCUCCCACAAGCCGAUCACUCUCACGCCGUCGCUUUCGCCGCCUCAAACCACCAAAACCCUAACCCAAGACCAAAAAUCCUCCAUCGAAUCGACCCUCCACGAUUCCUUAACUUCCCAAAACACAGAUGAAGCAUGGAAGGCCUUUCGAUCUCUCACCGCCGCUUCUUCUCUCCCCGAGAAGCGUCUCGUCAAUUUCCUCAUCACCCAUUUGUCCGUUUCCGGCGAAAGCGGCGAAAACAGCUCGCACAGGCUCAAGCGAGCGUUCGCCUCCGCUGCUUACGUAAUCGAGAAAGAUCCGAUUUUGCUGGAUUUUGAGACCGUUCGUGAGCUUAUGGAAUCCAUGAAACUGGCGAAAGCAGCAGCGCCCGCGUUGGCGUUGGUCAAGUGUAUGUUCGGGAACAGGUACUUUGCUCCGUUUGAUCUCUGGGGGCAUUUGAUUGUCGAUAUCUGCCGCGAAAAUGGCAGCUUGGUCGCGUUUCUUAAGGUGUUUAGAGAAAGCUGUAGAAUCGCAAUCGACGAGAAGCUUGAUUUCAUGAAACCUGAUUUGCUUGCAAGUAACGCGGCUCUUGAAGCGUGUUGCCUGCAGCUGGAAUCUCUAGCUGAUGCUGAAAACGUGAUUGAAUCUAUGGCUGUUUUGGGUGUGAAGCCUGACGAGUCUAGCUUUGGGUUUCUUGCUUAUUUGUAUGCAAGGAAAGGGCUUAAAGACAAGAUAAGCGAGCUUGAGAAUUUGAUGGAUGGCUUUGGGUUUACAAGUAGAAGAAUCCUUUACUCUAAUAUGAUCAGUGGAUAUGUUAAGAUGGGUGAUUUAGAUAGUGUCUCUGAAGUUAUACUGCAUAGUCUUGAAGUAGAUGGAGAAGACUCGAGUUUCGGUGUGGAAACGUACUGUGAAUUGGUGAAAGGGUUUAUCGAGAGCAAAAGCAUAAAGAGUUUAGCAACACUGAUAAACAAAGCUCAGAAAUUGGAGUCUCUGUCCAUUGGCAUUGAUAGAUCAGUUGGGUUUGGAAUCAUAAGUGCUUGUGUCAAUCUUGGAUUCUCGGAUAAAGCACAUAGCAUUCUCGACGAGAUGAUUGCUCAGGGAGAAGGAUCUGUAGGGCUUGGUGUGUAUUUACCAAUCUUGAAAGCAUACAGCAAAGAGUACAAAACAGCUGAAGCUACUCAGCUGGUUACAGAGAUCAGCAACUCUGGUCUUCAACUAGACGUAGAGAUCUACAACGCUCUGAUCGAAGCUUCCAUGACGAACCAGGAUUUCAUAUCUGCGUUUACACUGUUCAGGGACAUGAGAGAGACAAGAGUGGCGGAUUUGAAAGGGAGCUACUUGACGAUCAUGACAGGUCUCCUUGAGAAUCAGAGACCAGAGUUAAUGGCAGCGUUUCUAGACGAAGUUGUCGAAGACCCUCGCGUAGAAGUGAAUUCUCAUGAUUGGAACUCGAUUAUUCACGCCUUUUGUAAGUCCGGACGCUUAGAAGACGCGAGGAGGACGUUCAGGAGGAUGGUUUUCCUCCGGUAUGAGCCGAAUAACCAAACGUACUUAUCACUGAUUAAUGGAUAUGUGAGCGGCGAAAAGUACUUCAACGUACUGCUGUUGUGGAACGAGAUCAAAGGUAAGAUAUCUUCGGUGGAGGCAGAGAAGAGGUCGAAACUAGACCAUGCUCUAGUCGAUGCGUUCUUGUAUGCUUUGGUCAAGGGAGGGUUCUUUGAUGCGGCGAUGCAAGUGGUGGAGAAAUCUAAGGAGAUGAAGAUUUUUGUGGAUAAGUGGAGGUAUAAGCAAGCGUUCAUGGAGACUCACAAGAAGCUAAGAUUGCCCAAGUUGAGGAAGAGGAACUACAAGAAAAUGGAGUCUCUCGUUGCCUUCAAGAACUGGGCUGGUCUCAGCACAUGAAAAAAAAACUGAUACUGUCUCUAGAUGGUGUUGUGACACGUGGCAUUGCUAAUAUGGGGAGCAUUGGAUUAGGAGAAGAAAUUUUAGUUAAAAAAAGAUGGCGCCAAAAGAAGCCAAGGUUUGAUUAAGACGAGCUAAUCCCUAAUUUGUAGGAAUACCUUUGGUUUAAAGAAAUCUGCAGGAAAGAAAAAAAGAGACCAAAUGAAUUAAUUUUUUCAUUUUGUUCAAUCUUUCUCCUUUUUACUCACAAUUUUUUUUCCAAAAGGAUUAUCCUUUGUUGGUGUGUUUUGUUGUUUUAUUGAUUUGUCAUCGUUCCAGGCUCCAGAUUAAAUUUUGCAGUUUUAUGUAUUACAGCCAUGGAAACGAAUCACAAGAACAAGAAGGGACACAAAAAAAAGGCUUUUCAUCUAAAGAAGCAUAAAAAAGCGGAUGAUAGUAGGAGUUUUGAUCCAAGACCAACAAACAGAGAAGGGAACGGUGAGAAACCGGUUCUGUUCCAAUUGGGGAGCAUUGCUAGUUACGUGGUCAGUGAUGUUCGUCUCAAGGAAGAUGAUCCAGAGAUCACCACAAGCAGAUCUGCAUCUCUUUCCUCGUCUUCAUUAUCUCCAUCCUCUUCAGGGAAUACGCUCGAGGUCAAUGCGAAAGAUAGUAGCCGACGUAAGAAGAAGCUCUUAAGCCUUUCUUUAAAGCUAGGCGAGUUACAAGGCUCAUCGGACACACCAGGUUCACAAGUCUCUGGUGUGACUCAGGCUUCAGUGGAGCUUGCGCUUUUGUCGCCUUCUGUUCAAAUGAUGGAUAGAGAAGGAUCUGACAGGCCUCAGAGGAACUCGUUAGCGACCUUGGAGAGGAAUCUGAGCACGCUUUCGAAUGAUUCUCUGUUUAGUCUCAGCAUAGGCGAUAACGCGAUUGGGAGAGAUGAGUUGUUUAGUUACCGUGAUUUCAAGGCUGGAGAGUUUUUGAAAUCAGGUGAGCUGUUAUCGUUCUGCCCUUCUGUUCAUGUUCCGGUUGAUUCUUUUGAUAUGGGAAAGAGCUUUGAUAUGGAGGAGAAAGAGAGUGGGAUACUGCGAAGUGACAGUAGUGAGGAUAAGUCUUCAAACUCGGAUGUAUCGUGGAGGAACAUUGGGGACUGCAAUAACUCAGACGAAGCACCAAGCAGCCCACAUUCAGUUUCAUAUCCAAUUUCUUCGAAGAAAGUACUAGAUGAUGAGAUGACUAGAAGGAGUGAAGAGCAGAAACUGCAAAAGGCAGAGUCUAAAACAUCUCAUAAAUGGUUUUGUUGUUUUCCUUCUUGUUAACUUUUAGAUUAGAUGAUUCUUACCCAACUCUCUGUCUUUUUUGUUUCUUUAGCUGAAGGGAUAAAUACAAUUAGAUUUUACAAUUAUAAAAGGUUUCUUGCCUUUUGGGAAUAGUUACCAAAAAAGAAGAAGGUGAACAACAAUUUGGUUUUCUGUUAUCAAGAAGUCAGGAUGAAGUAGGAAGAGAAUAUUACGCAAUAUUAAGAUUAGGUAUGAGGUCACCACAUACUCACAGAUCUUGUGGUAAGUAUCUGACAAAAUCAACAUAGAUUAUCCAUUGUCCAUUGAUGUUGAUGUAUCUUUCAUUGGGCGUCGACAUUUCAGCUAUAAUAAGUGUUAUUAUAACUUCUCAAGUAAAAUCAAUUUAGCAAUAAGUAAUCAAAUUGGUUUGUUACAGUAAAAGAAGAAAAAAAGGAAUCAAC